AUGAAGGUUUCAACUGAGUUUGCUUUUCAUUCAUUACGCAAGCCACUCUCUGUCCGAAAACGGAUUCACUACGACCACAAGCAUCCAUGGUUCAUCAUCAAACGGAAGAGCUUUAUAGACCUCUUAAACAAUCAACAACCUAGUAUAGACCUCUCUACGUCCAAUGUCUCUGGGUUCGUUCCACAUUGGGUUGAAGAAGAAAACGUUGAAGCACACACUGUGGAGGACCGCAAAGAGAGACGGAAGUGGAUACCAACAGAAGACGGUGUGCUUAUCAGUGCUUGGUUGAACACCUCCAAGGAUCCUGUAGUCAGGAAUGAGCAAAAAGCAAUUGCGUUUUGGAAACGAAUUGAAGCUUAUGUUGGAGCGAGUCCUAAGCUAGCUGGCGCAUAUGAUGCUGCAACGAAACAGAAGUUAAGUGGCCAGAAUGAGAAUGACGUGAUGAAAAUGGCUCAUGAAAUUUUCUACAAUGACCACAAGGUGAAGUUUACACUUGAGCAUGCAUGUGUAAAAGAAGGAAGCCAGAUGACCAAAGCGCACAAUCAUCAAGCUCUGCGCCAGGAGAGGAUGAUCAAAAGGCCUGCUGGUGUUAAAGCAACAAACGCGAAAGCUAAAAGGUCUGUGAGCAAGCCGACGAUGGAAGAGGAAGGAAGGGAGAUUCAGAGCAUGUGGAAGAUUAGGCAGAAGGACUUUGCUUUGAAGGAGAAGCUUAACAAGCAAAAAUUGCUUGAUAAGUUGAUUGCCAAGACAGAGCCACUAACUGAACUAGAAAUAGCUUUAAAAAAUAAGCUCAUAACGGACAUGUUGGCAAGUUAG